CUUCUCCUGAAUUCCCAAUUUGGGCCUUUUUGCAGUCUUGCCACCUCUGACCAAGUGCCACGCCUUGUGGUUACGUAUUUCGGGAGAGCUUGCCAUUGCUGUGUGUGCAAAGCAGUCACGGCGGCUCCUCUGUUCUCUUCACGGUAACUUAAAUAUCCUCUUCUUACGCUCGUUGCUUCCACCCUUUGCUACUCAACCCACUCGUUCGUCUACGACCACCCGCAGCAAACAUGAAGGCCUUAAUUCUUGUCGGCGGCUUUGGCACACGCCUGCGCCCUCUGACCCUCACCCUGCCGAAACCACUGGUGGAAUUCGGCAACAAGCGUAUGAUUCUGCACCAGAUCGAGGCCCUCGCCGCUGUUGGUGUCACCGACAUCGUCCUGGCUGUGAACUACCGUCCGGAGAUUAUGGAAAAGUACUUGGCCGAGUAUGAGCAGCAAUUCGGCAUCAACAUCACCAUCUCGAUCGAGAGCGAACCCCUGGGCACUGCUGGGCCCCUGAAACUUGCCGAGAAGGUCCUGACAAAGGACGAUUCGCCCUUCUUCGUUCUGAACUCGGACGUCACCUGCGAAUACCCCCUCAAGGAGCUGGCCGAAUUCCACAAGUCGCACGGCGAUGAGGGCACUAUUGUUGUGACCAAGGUGGAGGAGCCAUCCAAAUAUGGUGUCAUCGUCCACAAGCCGAACCACCCCUCACGCAUUGACCGCUUCGUCGAGAAGCCGGUCGAGUUUGUCGGCAACCGCAUCAAUGCCGGCAUUUACAUCCUCAACACGUCGGUGCUAAAGCGCAUCGAACUGCGGCCCACGUCCAUCGAGCACGAGACUUUCCCCGCCAUGGCCAAGGACGGUCAGCUGCACUCGUUCGACCUCGAAGGCUUCUGGAUGGAUGUCGGGCAGCCCAAGGACUUCCUCACAGGCACUUGCCUGUAUCUGUCGUCACUUUCGAAGAAGGGCUCCAAGCUGCUCACCCCGCCCACGGAGCCGUAUGUGCACGGCGGCAACGUGAUGAUCGAUCCCUCAGCCAAGAUCGGCAAAAACUGCAGGAUAGGACCGAACGUGACCAUCGGCCCGGACGUCGUGGUGGGCGACGGUGUGCGGCUGCAGCGCUGCGUGCUGAUGGCCGGGUCUAAGGUCAAGGACCACGCCUGGGUCAAGAGCACCAUCGUCGGCUGGAACAGCACCGUUGGCCGCUGGGCGCGCCUCGAGAACGUGACUGUUCUGGGCGACGACGUCACCAUCGGCGACGAGGUCUACGUCAACGGCGGCAGCAUCCUCCCUCACAAGACCAUCAAGUCCAACGUCGACGUGCCGGCCAUCAUCAUGUAACCGGAGCCAUGUGGUGUGGCCAUGUUUGCUGUCCGGGCGACCGAGGCUUGCCUUCCUCUUUCUUCGUUUGAGAUACACUACACCACUCUUAGGCCUUUUUAAAUGCCCUACUUAAAAAACCUCCUUUCUAAUACCAAAACGGAGGCGGAACACGGCGAGCUACACUACACGCCGAUUGCGUCUCUGAGCGGAAACCUCUUCUCUCUGCAUUCGCCAUCUGCUUCGGCCUGUCAAUAACUACUGCGCCACCAGGGCCUGACGUCUGGAUUCGAGCAACCGUGGCCGUCUCCGAUGUUGAUGCGGUAGCCGGGGUGCUCUGUUUGGAACCGUUUCUGGGAGACGGAAUCUCCGGAAGAUUACAACGGGCGGUUAUGGAUGUACAUGAACUGGGAUUCGACAUCGCGUCGGGCGGUUCCGGGGUUCAGGGAGGGCUAUGGAUACUGCACUUAGCAUCAUGGAGACGGGCCGGGAAAAAAUGACUCUGGCGUAGGCUGUCGGGCGGGAUUCCGGAUCUGCACUCGGUGGUGGGAGCACUAUCGCAGCGCAAUAAACAUCACUGAACUGA